GUGCACGCGUGACACGCUGCGGGCGCGCGCGCGCGUGCGCGGGGCUUUACUUUUACAACCGCCGCGUCGGCUCCGCACGCAGAAACAUGAAGCAACUCCAGUGAGAGAGUUCGUGGCGGCGGUUUAGCGCGUGCGGGUCGUCCGGGGAGCAAUGUCACCGUCCAGCUGUUCACCUGUCGACGGGUGUUCAUGAGCAGAGGUAAAUCUGAGGUGAUUGUGACGCGUUCAGCAGCAGUUUCUCGCUAGCGACAACUAGCUAACGUUAGCUAGCUGAGGCUUUGCUAUGCUGGACCAGAUGGCGUGGGAGUCAUCAGAUGAUUGUGAUCUGGGAGUUUUGCUUGACGACCCCCCUGACUUGUCUGAGUCUCCCCAGUCAAAGCCCUCCACCACAGACAGCAUCUCUGAACACGAGUUUUCCUGCCACUGUUGCUAUGACAUAUUGGUGAACCCCACCACUUUGACCUGCGGCCAUAACUUCUGUCGCCACUGUCUGGCUCUGUGGUGGGAAUCCUCACACAAGAAUGAAUGUCCAGAGUGCCGAGAGAAGUGGGAAGGCUUUCCUAAAAUCAACAUACUGCUGAGGGAUGCGACUGACAAACUCUUCAGUGAAGUCAUCAAGCGAAGGAGAGGAGAGAUUCAGGCUGAUCCCAAAAUCUCCCGCAGUUUGUUGUCCUUCCAGAGGUAUGGAGACAAUUUGGGUAGAACCAGGACAAACCAGCAUAAGGGAGCUGGUUUCUUCUUCUCUGGAGUCCUAACAGCACUGACCUGUGUCACUGUGAUCAUACUGGUGUAUCACUGGAGCAGUGGUGGGGUUGAGCAGCAAGAUUUGUUGACCAGCAAACCUGUUUCCCACUGGACGUUGGAAGAAGUUGUGUCCUGGUUGGAACAUCUGGGGCCCUGGGCUGAGCUGUACAGAGAGUCCUUCCAGCAGGAGAAUGUAAAUGGAAGGCUCCUGUUGAUGCUGGGCGAUGAGGAGUUGUUAAAGCCUCCCUACAGCAUAGAGAAUCCAGCUCACAGACGUGCUGUUUUGGCUGAACUGGACAGAGUUAAAACUCUGGGGGUGAAGCCUCCGCAGAACCUCUGGGAAUAUAAAGCGGCUAAUGCUGGGAAGUCUCUGUUCCUGCUGUAUGCACUGAAGCGCUCCCCUCGCCUCACGCUCUUCUACUUGUAUUUAUUUGACUACUCUGAAACCUUCCUGCCUUUCCUGCACACCUGUUGCCCAGCAAUGUCCCAUAUCGAGGAGCAGGUGGAGAGCACCUUCCUAAGAACUCAGUUGGAGCCCAGCUGGCAGCAGUGGGUCGAGUUUCUUGUGAAGUACUCGGUGCUUCCAUACCAACUCAUUGCAGAAUUUGCUUGGGACUGGCUGGCCGUCCACUACUGGACUUCUCGUUUCAUUAUUGUCAAUGCCAUGCUGCUGUCUGUGCUGGAAUGCUGUGCUCUGUGGAGCCUCUGGACGCGAGCAGGGAUCAGAACUCUGCCAGGCAAGAUGUGGAACCACUUGUGGAAGAUGUUAUCUCAGGGGUUUGCCUUCGCCCUCCUGUGGCCUUUUGUCCCACAGUUUGUCUGCAACUGCCUUUUUUAUUGGGCUAUCUAUUUUAGUCCCAUAAUUAAUAUAGACCUGGUGGUGCAGCAGAUAAUGCACCCAGAAACACAGGCACUGUAACAAGCUGCAUGUAGUCAGUGCUCCCUCAAUGCCUGAGCAAGCAAACAUUACAGCCACAAACUCAAAACCUGGCUAAAAAGAGGAUGUUUUUUUCCAGCACAUGCUCACACGAGACUGGUGUUGUUUGCUGUUGGAAAGGACAUCUCCUGUUUUAAAUGAAAGAGUUUAGUCUUCUAGAAGAAUCAACAAGAUGAGAAAUGGUGACUCUCAGAGCUUACGUCAGCAUCUUUCUCUGCGUGCACAAUGCAUUCAGGAACCAUAUUGCCUCAGUCGUCCAGAGGACAAUUAUGCAAAUCAAGACUUGCAUUGAGACACUGGUGGGAAUAAAUAUUGGCCUCAUUACAGGCUUCCUGACAACUUUGUAGCAUUGACAUGCUUGUAGUCCAGUGAAAGGUUUAUGCAUUUACCAACUUUGCUACUAAAAGUGUCAACUAGUAGGAAUAGGUUUAUUUUUGUAUGUGAUCAAAUGUCUCAUUGCAUGUAAUUGGCAACAGUAUCAUGGGCAGCUGAUGCUUUAGAAGGAUCGGUUUAAGUAAAUCACUAACAUAACUGUAUACAAGUUGUUGUUCUGCUUCUGUUUUGAUUGUUUCUUUUGGGUUUUCAGUGAAACUGGUUGAUUGUGAAUGGUGUGUUACAGAGUUUGGUAAUGUGUUGUUGAGGUCUGCGACCUACAGGACCUUGAGGCUUUACUAUUUGUUCAAGCGUAAGCGGAGACUGUCUUGUUGAAAGGUUAUUCUAGAUUUGUGUCUUUCACAAAAUGUGCCAUUUCAGAUUUGGAAUUAAAACCCUUGUUCUUAAUUUUUUUCAGAGACUUGGUUAAAAAUAUUUUCAUUUUUUUUUCUUUUUUUUAACAAAUCUUAAAAAAAAGUUAAUUUUAUUUGUCUUUGCUGUUGGCAAAGAUUGUGUUGCACAUUUUUUCCUAUUCAAACAUCCUGUUUGCAGGACAUGAUUUCAUGUAAUGCUCGCAUACAGCUAAUAAAACCUUUUUACAUGGUUUAUUUGCACUUAAAGGUUUUACACUGUGAUUUUUGUUCAUGUUCUUUAAAAGACAGAAAAAAUAAAGCUUUUAAUAUUACUAA